AUGCGAUUGUUGGAGUCCCUCAUCGCUGCCUGCCUCUGUCUGGCACAAGUCAGUAUUGCAGUCCCGGUGGCCUUCACCUAUUGGCCAUCUACAAUUAAAUCUGGCCAGCCUGCCAAUGUGACCUGGAGUGGUGAUGAUGACGUGGAUACCACUAUAACUUUGCGCAAAGGGGAAGCUCACGACCUCGGCCACGUCCAAGUCUUGACCGACAACGCCCGAGGAGGAAUAUUUACCUUCGUUCCCGAUGACAGCCUUCCUGCGGGCUCUGACUAUGCUCUGGAGAUCAGACAAAAAGGUCAAGUUAAUUAUUCCGGACACAUCACCCUUGAGUCCUCCGACACCGUCAUUCCUCCGUCUAAGGGGCCCCGACCCUCGUCUGAUAACCCAGAUUCCCCGGACUUUGAAACUGCAACGCACGAUCAGUUGGGAGAAGAUGUCCGCGAGGGCAACGACGGUCACACCGUUUCAAAGAAUGCUACUUCCACAACUUCGGGCAACAAUUUGACAUCCCACAAGAGCGCCAUGGCGGCCCAAAUGCAAGCCAGCGGUGCAUCGCUUCGAAAUACCUACCCGGAAUUGGUGCUGGGUGCUGCAGCUUUCGUGUUGUAUCUCACCAGAUGA